AUGGGUACUUUCAAGGUAAGCAUGAAUAGCUUAUUCUCAGAUUUCUCUACCCUUGCUAAUUCAUCUUAUCUCAUCUGCUUCGUUUGUUCAGCCAUCUUUCCAGCUGCGCUUCAUCCUUCUUCUCAUCGCACGGAAGGAAAUCAGAAAUUGAGUUUGGUUUGUUUUUACAGGGAGGAAGAUCUAAGGAAAAAGAACUGGAGUAAUCAAUACGCUGCUCAUCAAUCUGCAUUCCUCAACCUCACUCUUCCUGGCCAACAUCCCAACCCAGAAGUUGUUGUUCAAGAAGUUCAUAGGCAGAGCUUAGCAGAUUGUGCAAUUGGGUUUGGCCAAUAUGCUCUUGGAGGCAAAGGUGGUGAGUAUUAUAUUGUCACAGACUCUUCUAAUGAUGAUGCUGUGAAUCCAAGGCCAGGCACUCUGAGAUAUGCUGUGAUACAGACUGAGCCUCUCUGGAUUGUGUUCCCUGGCAACAUGCUCAUCAAGCUCUCCCAAGAGCUCAUCUUCAACAGCUGCAAGACCCUUGAUUGCCGUGGAGCCAAUGUCCGCAUUGUGGGUUCUGGCUGCAUGCUAAAUUAA